AUGCUUGAUCAUUUAUCACCAUCAAUUGAACAAUUAAAAUUAAAAUCAAAAUCAAUUUUAUCUGAUUGGCAAGAAUAUAAUCGUGUUUUACUUCAAAUAGAAAAAAUUAUACGUGAAGCUGAAGCUGGUAUUGAUCGUGUUCAAACAAGUCCAAUCAAUGUUGAAACUUAUGAAAUGAGUACAAGAAAAAUUCAGAAGAUCAUUGAUAAAUUUGUAUAA